AUGGGGGCCGUCGUGAAGACGACUCUGCCGCUCCAGGUGCUGUGUGAAAUGGAGGAAGAUGGUUCUGACCUCGACUCCUCUGGCCUGAUGAAUAGCUGCCUCUCUGAGAAACAGGCAUAUCCUCCGAAGCCCCUGCUCCUCCCAGGGGUCACCGCAGAGGUCAGGGAAGCGGUCCCACCAGACGUCAAGCUGGCAGCCGUAGCAGGAAAGAAGGGCAAGAAGCCGGAGGAGGAGGAGGAGCAGCAGCAACCGGCGGCUGCAGCGUCACCGGCGGCUGCGACGGCAACACCGGCUACGGCACCGGCAGCAGCAGCAGAAGAGGAGGAGGAGGAGUAUGUGGUGGAGAAGGUUCUAGACCGACGACUGGUGAAGGGAAAAGUGGAGUAUCUGCUGAAAUGGAAGGGGUUUUCAGAUGAGGAUAACACUUGGGAGCCGGAGGAGAACCUGGACUGUCCUGACCUUAUUGCAGACUACAUACAGAAGCACAAAGACAAGGAGGAGAAAAAGAAGGAGGGCAAGAGGAAAACUGCCAGUGAGCCCUCAGGAGAGUCGGAAGAACGUGGGAGCAAACGGAAGAAAGAGGAAGGUGAGAAGGCCAGAGGUUUCGGCAGAGGUUUGCAACCAGAGAGAAUUAUUGGAGCAACAGACUCAAGUGGAGAGCUAAUGUUCCUCAUGAAAUGGAAGAACUCUGAUGAAGCUGAUCUCGUCCCGGCCAAGGAGGCCAACGUCAAGUGCCCACAGGUGGUUAUCUCUUUCUAUGAGGAGCGUCUGACCUGGCACUCCUACCCCACGGAGGAGGAGGAGAAGAAGGAGGAGGAGAAAAAAGACGAGUAGAGGAGCAGACAGAGGUGUGAAGAGAAGGGAAGUGUGGAGGUAGGGCAGGAAAUCAACCACAUGCUGGUGAACUGUUGUCCAGGUUACAUCUAACAGCUUUGGUGGGAGAACAUCAGUUUGCUUGGAUGCCAGUGUAGCUGACAGAGGGGAACAAGGUUUGUUUUCCUGCCCUUGAAGGAGAUGCUGCACUUUCCUUUCCCCAAAAGAUGCUCCCACCUGUGUCUCCGCUGAGAAUGUCUUUGUAUUUAGUUCCUUUUUGUUUUUAAUAGUAUGUUGACACUCAGUGCCUCUUAUUUGCAUUUAUUUCUGUCAUCAACAACAUGUCAUUCAAUGUGAGCUGGUGCCUUUGUACUCCCAAUAUUCCUCCUUAGUUAUCACAACGUGAAUAUUGAUUUUAUGACACUUAAAUUACUUAGCGUUUGUCUCCUGCAUGUUGGUUACAUGAGCCAGAACUAGUGGUAGCUGAGUGUCUCUCCUCCCAGUCACUGGCCAUCAUUUAAAGACACUGACAUGUGGCUUCAUAGGGAGGAUACCCCCCCCUUUGUCAGGAUGCACAGGAGGGAACACCUUUUAAAGGGAAAGAGCUGAUGGAGUCAUGACACAGUGGUUGGAAAGUGUUUAUCUCUUUCAUAAUAGUUUUUUUUUCUCUGUGCCACCGUGGUUCUUAUUAAACACACAGGUUUAAUACAAAUGCUACAUCAACAGAGGUGAGAAUGUGUUAUUGUACAUGACUAAUCGCGGCAUCGCCUUUCAGAUGUCCUACCAUCUAGUAUGGCAACCCUCAAAUGAGAAAUGUCAUCAGAAUGGGCUUCAUUCCAGAUCUUGUUUAAUGUUUGACGUUAAACUGUCUGCUCAGAUUUAAGCUUUCAGAAUCCAGCAUGUAGCUUAAGUUCGGUGCUAUUUCCCAUUUUGCUGACACCGAGGUAUAAAAUAUCUUUUCAAACACAGUGUUUUCAGUAGUUUUCACUACUUCACUGACCUCCUUCGUUAAUCUGGGUGCCCAGACGGCGUACACGCAAAUGAGCAUCUGGCUAGUUAGUCACAGCUGCACAGGAAUCUCUGUAAUUUACUGUUACACUUGUCCAGGCAUUAGCAGAGUUGUGUUGACGUAGUGACACCUGCAAAUGAAGCCUUUUCCCGGCGAUAAUCAGAGGACCAGCUCCAAGCUCUCAACAGUCUUGUCUGUAUACAAGGAGCAGAAUUAACCCCACUGUGUUUUUAAAUGUAUCUUAACCUUGGUUGUUUUUACCACUGACACUUGCAGAGGUUUUAUAGGCUGUAUUGUUUUUAGUAUGCACUGACCGGGUCACACUCAAGACACAAUGAUGGACUACAUUGUACGUAGUUUUCCUUUCUUGCAAACGGCACUCUUUUACAAUAUUUGCAACAAAUAUAAAAGCAGAAAGCUGUAAGAAUCGGCACAAUAAUAACUGAAUAUACGUGUGCAGCCUGAUGCUCAGUUAUGGUGUUGAACGUACCUCGGCAGUGCUAAUGUGUAAACUGUGUUCAAGCUAGAAUAGUAGCUUCCUCUGUUAGCAGACCUGGGUUAGCUGGUAAAGUCCCUGCUUGCUGAAUCAGUUCCACCAAUUGUAGAGGAACCAGUUCACAUAGUUCCACUACAAUUUUAGUAUUAUGACUUAACGGUUCUGCUCACUGACUGACUUUCUGUUGAACUUCUGGGAUUGAAUCAGCUGCACCGGGGUUUGCUCUUUAGAAUUUUAUCUUGUGUCUGCUUCUUUCUUGAAUUGCUUUAGCUUGUGUCGUCCUGUUGCAUGUUAAUAUUGGUUUUCCUUGAAAUGUCAGUCACAUUUAAACUACUACUACUUCUACUUUGAACAAUAAAGUCUUUUGUUUUUGUAAAGUG